AUCAGUAAUAUGAGGUUUAUUUCCGGGUGGGUUGAGUCAAUAGUCAUGAUGAGUGGUUCAACUCAUACAAGAAAUAACUCAGCCUCAGGAGGUGCAGUUAUUAAUAAUGCUGCAUACAUUUUGAAAAUGCCAGUUUCUUCUUUCUUAAAUGCACAACUCUUCUUUUUCAGCUGCCCCUCCAUCCUCACUUGUUUAUUGAGACACUUGUUGAUCAAUAUAUCUAUCUAUCCAUCUAACAAUCCCAAGAAUUUGUCUCCAUUAUCACACAUCCACACAAAACAUCCAACAUUCCCUCUCUUGUCUGCAACUACCACAAUUUGUUUCUUUCUGCUGCUGCUGCUCAAUGUUUGUUUUUCUUAAUAUCUUAUCAUCACUCUAUCCAUCCACCAUCCAACAACACAACCCAUUAAUCUUUUACAAACCCCCCACCCCUCCCCUUUUAAUGACUGCCCUUGGAGCUUUGAGCACUAACCAAUGCUUCUUUCUGCUCCUAAUUCUUCUUUAGCUCAUUAUUAAUUACAAGCUUUUUCUAGGGUUUCAUGAAUAAUAAUAGUUUGAAUAUGGUAACUAAUUUAAUGUUUGUGUUUCUUUCAUGGCUGUUGUUGUUUGCUCCAACAACUCAUCAGCUGAGGAGCUAUGAGACGCAGGUUCUUCUUCAGCUGCAGAAGCAUUUAGAGUACCCAAUGCCUCUCUCCGUUUGGGGAAACAAUAAUAAUGCUAAUGCUAAUGCUGACUUUUGUAAUUUGUCCUCCCCACCUCAUAUGACCAUCAAAUGCGACAACGACUCUGUUACUGAGCUCAGAAUCAUGGGAGAUAUGCCUGCACCUAACCUCACAUUUCAUGAAUUCACAGGAUUUGCAAUCCCCAACCAAACAUUGUCUCAAAGGUUCUCUAUUGACUCUUUUGUCACUACACUCACCAGGUUGUCCAACUUGAGGGUUCUUACUUUAGUUUCUUUAGGCAUUUGGGGCCAACUACCGGAUAAAAUUCAUCGCUUGUAUUCGCUUGAGGCAUUAGACAUGACUUCAAAUUUCAUGUUCGGUUCCAUUCCAUCUGAAAUGUCUAGACUUGUGAAGCUUCAGACUUUGAACUUUGAUGGCAACUUCUUCAACGACACAGUCCCUGACUGGUUGGUUUCGUUGACAAACCUCUCCGUAUUGAGCUUGAAGAACAACAGAUUGAAGGGUCAAGUUCCAUCUGCAUUGUCGAAGAUUACAACAGUGACCGAACUUGUUUUGUCACACAACUUGCUUUCUGGGAGAUUGCCUGAUCUAAGUAGCCUUUCUAAUUUGAAGUUGCUGGAUUUGAGAGAGAACAAAUUUGAUUCUGAAUUGCCUUAUCUGCCUAAAGGGUUGGGUAAUGUUUUCCUCAGCAACAAUUCAUUUACCGGUAAGAUACCUCAACAGUUUGGGGAAUUGAAUCAACUUCAGCAUCUUGAUCUGUCACACAAUUAUCUGAGUGGAAGCCCUCCUGAUGUGCUCUUUUCUUUGCCGCAUAUUAGUUACUUGAAUUUGUCAUCCAAUGCUCUUAGUGGAUCAAUUUCCAACCACCUUAAAUGCGGGGAUGCACUUAGUUUGGUUGAUCUUUCUGAUAAUAGAUUGACAGGUGAGCUUCCUAGUUGCUUGGACUUUGAUAACAGAAUUGUCAAAAUUGGAGGGAAUUGCUUCUCCAUUGAUGCACGCAAUCAGCAUCCUGCAGAAUAUUGCAAAGAUAUAAUAGGAAAGGGAAAAGGGAGAUACACAAUGAAGGAAAUAGCCAUUCUAGGUGGUGUGAUUGGGGGAGUUGUCAUUAUUGUGGUUAUUCUAUUGGUUGCCGGUCUCGUCUUUUUCUGUAAAAGACGACGCAUCCAGCAAACCCUAGUUCAGCACAUUGCACCUAAGGUUAAGCAAGAUGAUCCACCUUCAGGGAUUUCCUCUGAACUACUAGCAAAUGCCAGGAUCAUUUCUCAAGCAGCAAAAAUGGGGAAUCAAAGUGCUCCGCCCUAUAGGGUGUUCUCCAUACAAGAAUUGGAAGAAGCAACAAAAAACUUCGACCACUCAACUCUUUUGGGCGAGGGUUCUAUUGGAAAGGUUUACAAGGGAAGGUUGGAGAAUGGUACCUUUGUUGCUAUACGAUCUUUGGCAUUAUGUAGGAGAUACUCCAUUCGGAACCUUAAACAGCGGCUUGAUUUGCUUUCAAAGCUUCGUCACCCUCAUCUGGUUGGCCUUCUCGGUCAUUGCAUUAAUGGCGGAUUCCAAGAAGACCCAACUAUACACAGAUUGUUCCUUGUGCAAGAAUUUGUCCCUAAUGGAAACUUCCACUCUCAUCUUUCAGAGUCCUGUCCAGAGAAGGUUCUGAAGUGGUCAGACAGACUGAGUGUUCUAAUAGGGGUAGCCAAGGCUGUCCAUUUUCUGCAUACUGGUGUGAUUCCACCUUGUUUCAAUAAUCGGCUAAAAACAAAUAAUAUACUGAUGGACGAGCAUGGCAUCCCUAAGCUUAGUGACUAUGGGAUGUCUAUCAUUGCUGAUGAAACUGAAUUAAUAUCUUCUCAAGCAAAAGGAGAUGCUACUAAAUCAGGGAGGAAUGUGGACAAGUUCGAGGAUGAUGUGUACAACUUUGGGAUUAUAUUGCUUGAAUCCCUUGUAGGUCCUGUUGCAAGCGGGAAACAAGAAGUAUUUCUACUAAAUGAAAUGACAUCUUUUAGCAGCGAAGAUGGAAGGAGGAAGAUAGUGGAUCCAAUAGUGUUGACAACAAGCUCACAGGAAUCAUUGUCAAUUGUGAUAUCCAUUACAAACAAAUGUAUAUCAGCUGAAUCAUCCAUUGAGGAUGUCUUGUGGAACCUUCAAUAUGCUGCUCAAGUCCAGGCAACAGCCGAUGCAGAUCAGAAAUCAGACACAACAUCUCGUCAGAGCUUUAGCUGACAUACAACCACAUUUGAAUACUGCAUGCUGGAAUAUGUGGCUGAUCUACAUGUUUGAUGUUAUUUGUUUAUUAUUAUUUGUAAGUGUGUAAAUUUUAGAGAUGUGCUUCAUUCUUUGAUCGACUUAGGGAGAGAGAGAGAGAGAGAGAAGAUGUGUACUGAGUUAGAGGAUAUGAGAGUGUGAGUGAAGAAGAUGAUUCCAUACUUUCAUAUUUAAAGAAAUUGUUUAAUUAAUGGAUAAAUCAAUAGAGAUUUAGGUGAGCAAUGAGGAAAGAGUAUUUGUUUCCAUUAUUAAGAGUUGUCAAACAUUUGUUGUAUGUUGUGAUGACAACUGACCUUACAAAUUACCCAUUUAGGAGGAGUAUUUGUUUCCAU